GAGCUCUCCCAUUACAGGGGUUUCUGCCUCCAUUGCCCUCUGCUCUUUUGCUGCUGCACGGCCUUUUUCAGUCUUCCUCUCUCCUACUCUUUGUCUUACCAACUGAACCAGCCAUGAGCCGGAUCUCUUUCAGAUCAUCUACUGGAGGGGGCAUGAGGGGCUUUAGCUCAGGCUCUGCUAUCGUAGGAGGUGGUGGCUCUGGGACCAGGAGCAGUUUUAGCUCUGUCUCCGUCUCCCGAGUUGGAGGAGGAAGAGCUGGAGGUGGCGGAGGCUUUGGAGCUGGUGGUGGCUUCGGCAGCAGAAGUCUCUAUAACUUAGGUGGAAGCAAAAGAAUUUCCUACAGCUCGGUCGGUGGAGGUCUACGAAGCGGAGCCGGGGGCGGAUACGGCUUUGGUCUUGGCUAUGGUGGUGGAGCAGGCGCUGGCUUUGGCUUAGGAGGAGCCGGUGGUGGUGGUGGCUACGGGCUGGGAAGUGGAUUUGGGCUGGGAGGGCCUGGAUUUGGUGGCCGAGGUGGCCCCGGGUUCCCUGUCUGCCCACCUGGUGGCAUCCACGAAGUGACUGUCAACCAGAGCCUCCUGGCGCCCCUCAAGCUGGAUAUCGAUCCGGAAAUCCAGAAGGUGCGAACACAGGAGAGGGAGCAGAUCAAGACCCUCAACAACAAAUUUGCCUCCUUCAUCGACAAGGUGCGCUUUUUGGAGCAGCAGAACAAGGUGCUGGAGACCAAGUGGACACUCCUCCAGGAGCAGGGUCACACUGUCACCAGGAAAUCCCUGGAGCCCAUUUUCGAAGCCUACAUCAACAACCUGCGGCGGCAGCUGGACAGCCUGGUGGGAGAGAGGGGCCGGCUGGACUCCGAGCUCCGCAGCAUGCAGGACAUGGUGGAGGACUUCAAGAACAAAUAUGAAGAUGAGAUCAACCGGCGCACAGGUGCCGAGAACGAGUUCGUGGUCCUCAAGAAGGACGUGGAUGGUGCUUACAUGAACAAGGUUGAGCUGCAGGGCAAGGCCGAUGCGCUGGCAGAGGAAAUCAACUUCCUGAGAGCUCUGUACGAGGCGGAGCUGUCCCAGAUGCAGCAGCAAGUGUCGGACACGUCGGUGGUGCUGUCCAUGGACAACAACCGGAGCCUGGACCUGAACAGCAUCAUCGCCGAGGUGAAGGCGCAGUACGAGGACAUCGCCAACCGCAGCCGCGCCGAGGCCGAGGCCUGGUACCAGAACAAGUACGAGGAGCUGCAGGUCUCCGCCGGGAGACACGGGGAUGACCUGAGGAACACCAAGAUUGAGAUUUCGGAGAUCAACCGGAUGGUGCAGAGGCUGCGGAAUGAGAUCGACAGUGUGAAGAAACAGUGUGCCAACCUCCAAGCAGCCAUUGCCGAGGCCGAGGAGCGCGGGGAGAUGGCCCUGAAGGAUGCCAAGGCCAAGCUGACUGAGCUGGAGGAUGCUCUGCAGAAAGCCAAGGCUGACCUGGCCCGGCAGCUCCGCGAGUACCAGGAGCUCAUGAACGUCAAGCUGGCCCUGGACAUCGAGAUCGCGACCUACAGGAAGCUGCUGGAGGGCGAGGAGAGCAGGCUUGCUGGAGAAGGAGUGGGAGCUGUCAGUGUCUCCGUGGUCAGCAGCUCCAGCGGGAUGGGCUACGGCGGCGGCAGCUCUGGCGGCGGCGGCGGCGUCGGCUACGGCGUGAGCGGCGGCGGCUUCGGGGGCAGCGGCGGCUUCUCCGGGGGGCACAGCUACGGGGGAGGCAGCUCCUUCAGCUCCGGGAGCAGCCGCGGCCUCAGCUCCAGCACGGGAGGCAGCGUCAGGAUCGUUUCCAAGACCACCACCAGCAAAAAGACCAUCAGAUAAGGCUGGCGAGCGUGCCUCCUGCCCCGCGGAUCGUGGUGUAAAUAGCAGCGCUACAGCCUCCCCUUCCUCCGUCCUUCACCUCUGGGGCAGCGGGGGGACCAGGGCCCCUCCCUGAGAAUCUGGAGCACCUUUGGCUGAAGCACAGGUUGUAACAGGUCACGGCUGGGCACGGACCCUGGGCUGCCCCUUGUCAGCGAGCCCUUGGUCUCGCCUCAAAGUCGGGCGUUUAUGGGGAAAUGGAAGCGCUGUGUGCAACGGCGACAGCCGCUUCGUUCAUCCCAUUCAAGGGUGAAUCACAGCCUUGCGGGACCACAGUCCCAGGUCCUCAGCAGUGAAAACACCUCCAAGAGGCUCUAAAAGUCUCUGCCCCACAGCACGUUACAACCUCCAAAGGUUUUGUCUGCAAUUCGAGAUUUCUUCCAGCCCCUUCUGUUUUCUCUGGCACUUGCGGGAAAGGUUUUUGCUUUGUGUGUAUAAGAUUUCUAACUACUUGUCUUCAUGGCUGCAGCCUCCUCACUUCCAUGCCUAACCUACUGUAAGGUCCAAUAAAAGAGCAUUUCUCAUUUUUAAA